AUGGCAAUGGAUCAUCCUGAUGUAGUUCUAUCACCGGAGCGUGAAGGCAGUUUAGUGGCAGCUGGCAGUGGAAGUAAGACUACAACGGCGGCACUUCUACAGCUGCAGCACCGAGCACAUCCACAGACUCCACCAGCAGCGUUUCAUCUAGCGGGGAGUAUAGGUGAUGCGGGUGGGCAUCAGCAACGCUCUGUACUGCUACUGCAGCAGUCGUCCACAACUACAUCGACGACUACGAUGGCGACGGUGACGCCCCCGAGCAGUAGCAGUGGUAGUGUUGGUGCCACCCAGCUCACGAGCAUUGCCGUACCGUUGCUAACUUCAGCCGGACAGUUACAAUCCGUAGCCGGUGGAUCGAACAGUUCGGCAGGGGCAACUCCUUCCAGUCUGGCUUCAACAAACGUCUCACAGCCAGUGCCUCCUAUCGAACGUCUUUCACGUCCUAUGGCAUUCGAUAAGAUGGAAUCAUUAGUCCGUGAGAUGCAAGACUCGGAGAAUGGCGUACCAGUACGCAGCCAGAAACUAUUCUUGACGUCCAUUCCAUCUGCUUUCAUGGGUAAGUUUGCUUUUCCCGUGUUUUGCCCAGUACCUCAUGUUUUACCAUGCUAUUAUUGGUCCUGUACCGUAGGAUACGAUCUGAUUGAAUGGUUAAUGGAGCGACUCAGCAUCGAAGAGUCAGAGGCACUGAACAUUAGUAACCAGCUGUGCCAACAUGGUUACUUCUUUCCCGUGUCCGACUCGAAGACGCUGAUGGUGAAGGAUGAUUCUUCCCUGUAUCGCUUCCAAACGCCAUACUAUUGGCCCUGGCAGCAGAAGGCACCCGAUCAAAUCGAGUACGCAAUCUAUCUGGCAAAGCGGUCGCUGCGCAACAAGCAGCGGCACGGGCUGGAGGACUAUGAAACCGAGGCACUGGCUAGCCUGCACAAGAACCUGAAAGGCAAGUGGGACUUCAUACUGAUGCAGGCCGAGGAGCAGGUGCGCUUGGCGAAGGAUCGCAAAAAGGGCGACAAGAUCGUUGGGGACUCGCAGGAACGGGCGUACUGGCGUGUGCAUAGACCACCGCCGGGGCAGUUCACGCCUCUCGAGCCGUGUCCAAUACCGUCGCGCGACCGGCAGGGUAAACCGCGGAAACGCACGGUCGAGGACUGGCAGCGCGAGGUCGACAUACUGAAGGCGUCGCUCGGGCGCAACCGCGUGAAGAUGUCCCAGGCGUGCGAGAGCCUGGUCGUGUACUACGAAACGUUCAGCGAGUACGAUCCAAUGAUGCAGCCGCCGCUACCAUCGAACCCGUGGGUAACGGAGGACGUGAGCUUCUGGCAGCUGAACAAUCCGGUCGUCGAUAUACCGACGGAGAAGCGCGUCAAGCGCUGGGGCAUCUCCAUCGAGGAGGUGGUGUCGGAUCCGACCGGGUUGCAGGAGUUUACGCACUACCUGAAGAAGGAAUACUCGCACGAGAACAUACGCUUCUGGAUGGCUGUGAACGAUCUGAGACGCUCCUCCCAUUCGCAGAUUUCGCGCAAGGUGAAGGAAAUUUACGAAGAAUUUCUCGAACCGGGCGCACCCUGUGAGAUCAACAUCGACGGUAAAACGAUGGAGAAGGUGCAGCAAGGUCUGAAAAAUCCGUCCCGAUUUGCGUUCGAUGCAGCAGCCGAACACAUCUACACGUUGCUGUUGAAGAAGGAUUGCUAUCCACGAUUCGUGCGCUCGGAACACUACAAGAGCUUGAUGGUGAACGCGAUACAGCCAUCACUGAAGAAGCGUUUCUUUGGAUUCGGUGGAGGAGCAAAGAAGAAGGGUUCAACCUCGACCGCACCGAAUCCUUCGAUGCUUACGCAGCCUUCCGCCGGACCAACAGGUACGGGCAACGUAAACAGUCUGUCCAAGCGACGCGGUAGUGAUCGCAGCCUGUCAGGAUCAGCGCACGAACUAGCGAUAUCGGGCGUGAAGGAUUGUUCUAAAGUGCCACAUUCUCAUAGCCAAAGCAAUCUGAGUGACAUACCCUAUAGCGUGUCGAUCUACCGUGGUGAUAUGCCGUCCGGUGUUUAUGAGGGUGUCUCGUCAUCAUCUAGUAGUACACCCGUGCGGGGAAACGUACGAGUGACGGGUGGAAAGCAACAAGAUGUGAAUAAAAAUCUAGGAACUACACUCGAAGUAACGCUGGAAGGUUCAGUAUCGGGGUCGUGUGCUGUUUGCCCUUGGGAUACGCCUGCCAUUGAGAAACCGGCCUCAGAUACCUCCGUUUCGGUCUCGGUAUGUCCGUGGGAUAGUGCCGAUGCAAAACCACCAACAAAGACGGACAGCAGUAAGCAGAAGCAGCACAGCGAUCUACCACACGGCACUACCGAGAUAAGCGAGGUUUCCGAACGAAUGAAACGGUCGUGCGGCUUGCGCCAGAAUACCCUCGACGGGGACUUUCACAGUACCAAGCGUUUGGCACCGGUUGUGACCGAACAGCGACGGGCUUCCAUGACGAUGGCUCCGAGAUUGUCGGAUCUACAGUUUUGUAUGCGUGCAAAUUCGACCGGUAGUGGUGCAACGCCACCCGACAGUAUCGGAUGUCUGGCGAAUGUGCAACAACAGCAGCAGCAGCAACCUGUUGCAGGACAUCAGCAGUACUUGCAGCAUCAAUCGUCGGUGCGCAUUUCGCAAGGAUCGCUAUCGACGAGCUUCGAGGAGAAGGAGGAGGGUUCUGGAACGGUGUUCUACAACCAGGAAUCUGUUACAGCACCCACAAUCUCUGAGGAGAGCGUUGUGUUUAGCGGUGGUACCAAUCCGGUUGACGGUACCAUGCCGAACGAGCGAUUGCAAGAUCGUCACCGGCAAAAGUCAGGCGAUGAAUAUGGAGAGGGGGCGGGUGACAUUGCUACUACUAGAGUACGCGACGAAACACUUCCCCAAUCAUUGCUAACCGCUGUUUGCAGUACGGGUACUAUCUUCACUGCACCGUCAGAUGCCAGCAGUACGGCGGUGGGUGCGGACAUCACGCAACAGAAACCAUACGAUACGGGCAGCGUCCCAGCAACUACGAAAGCGGUGUGUCAUACACCGACUACCACUACUAUAUGCACCUCGUCGGCCGGUAUGGGCGGUGGAGGUAGGGAGACGAUGGACGCAAACAGUCAGCGUCCGACGAACGUGGACACUGCACCGGAAUCAACCACUGGCACACCUAGAAUAAGUGUAAUCUAUGCUAAUACGCCCGAGGAAGACGAGGAGGAGGUGGAACGGGAGGAGGAGGAGGAGGAGGAGGAUGAGGUGGUCGAACAGGAGGUUAAAGCCAUAGGGAAGCAGCAGGAGGACCUCUAUCGCAUGCACUCGCUCGAUAGGGCAAGGGGCGCAGAAAGGCAAAACAGUUUAGCGACCGACGGUACCAGUCGUCCGGAGCAUCAACAUCCAACCGGCACUAGUACGGCGGCCACGCAAACAAUUGACGUACUGCAGGGUGAAGUCGGACAGGAUAUGUCACCGCUCACCGAGGUGGAGGAUGGGUUCUACGUUGAGGCGAUGCGGCAGCAACCAUCCGAGUACGAUAUCAUCAUGGACGGUGCUGACAGUGGUCUGCUGCCCGGGUGUGUAGCGCCUGCCCCAACGCCCGCACCGUCAAUAGCCCCGCUGGCCGAGGUAGAGCUGGACCCGCCGGACGAUGAAGCGGAAGCGGACGAGCUCGAACAGUCGACGGACGUGCAACCGUUCGAACCGCCGGAACCCCCUUCCAGCACGUCCGGCACGGCGACGGUCGUUAUCGUGGAUGAUCUUACCAAACGCCGCAAGCGCAAGGAGCGCAAGGAUCGGGGCCCGGAUCAGGAAACAAUUCGUGCUCAAAAGAGCGAAGAAGAGAACAGCGAACGGAAGGGCAACGCCGUAUGCCCGUGGGACGAUGAAAACGAAUCAGCAGCGGACGAUGCGCCGUACGUAAAAACUUACUCCACGCUGGGAUAUCUGUAG